AUGGGAUACGUCUUCUGGCCAAAGUCUUUGGAAAAUGGAAGUUAUGGAUCUAAGACUGUUAUAGGUGUCAAGGAGCCUGGUUCCGAUUGGAUGGUGCUGGCACUUCUUGGAAUUGAGGAAUACGGGGCAUUUUGCAAGUCGAAAUGCUGUCAAAAAUACGGAUUUGCCAAAAUUGGAACAUGGCAGAAAGAUUCGGGACUAGUGCUGGAAUUGGAAAAUGCAAAAUCGACUUUUCUGGUUCGGUUUAAACCUCCAAGGCUCAAUUUGAUGCAAUUUUAUAGCUUAGAGCCCAUCGCAUUGGUUCUGCCCGAAAAGGAUUACCUUAUUGACUCGACGGUAGGCAAAUGCCACCCAGUGGUACGACAGACGAGAUCCUCGGGCAACGCGGAGUUUCGACUGCGAACAUCCAUCAAUCUCAUAAAUCUCUACCAUAAGCAUCUGCGACUCUUGGAAACAAGUGUUUCCCGCCACAUGGAGGAAGUUCGGUCCAAGAAAUCGCUCACAAUGGGUUUCACUUGGUAUGAAACCGCUAUUUAUCGCAAAUCCCGAGCGUUACUUCGAUGUUGUGCACUCUACGUGACUAUAUGUGCCCAUUUUUUGGCUGUCACCUUAAUCGGCUUCCUCAGUAUGACACCAUUGAAACUAAUCAACAUUUCAGCCACAUCGCAGCAGAUAGACCUGCGAUGUCGACAAUUGUGUUAUUUCCCGGUACAGUUUCUUCGCAUCAACGCAAGCGCAGCUCUCAAGGACACUGUAAACCCCCAGACGGAAUCCGACAUGAGAGCACCGAAGCGAUCAACUUUCCCGUGUAGCAACUAUCCAGACUACAUCAGAUUUUACAACACCAUAUGGCUGAUCGCAAACGACUUGUCUUUCGGAUUUUCUGUGGGUACACUGCUAGCAGAGAACCAAGACAGGAUAGCCGUUUUUCUGAACACCGUAUUCACCAAAUAUCUGUUCGAAAAAGUUCACCUCAUAACUGCAGCUCUGAGUCAAAAUCCCUUGGGCAUUAAGUUAAACGGAGAACUCGCUCAGUUUCUGAGCGAUCUUUUUCUGUGGAUCAUCGACUUUUCGUAUUCCACGUAUAUCAGGCGCAUUACAAGCACAGUCAGCAUUCGCAUUUUCAUUAGCAUCAUUUCCGCGGCGUCUUUCUGCUUCGGAGCUACUUUCGCCAUGGCAAUCAUGGUGGACUUGAUAUCCUUCCUCACCAUGCACAUCUCCCUCUUUUAUUUCAUCAGCGCUAAAAUGUACCACUGGCAGCUACACGUAUUGCAGACGCUUUUAUACUUGUUUUAUGGCAAAAAGCGUAAUGUUUUGAGAAACAGGGUCGACAGCAACCUGUUUGAACUUGACCAGCUGUUGAUGGGGACCCUUUUUUUCACUAUUUUGGUUUUUCUGCUGCCCACAUUUUCGAUAUUCUAUGCCUCUUUUACCUUGCUACGUAUGGCUGUCCUGGUUCCAGAGCUACUUUUCGAAUUUUUAAUGGCUUUGAUGAACCAUUUUCCGCUUUUUGUCCUUCUUCUGAGAAUCAAGGACCCCAAACGCAUUCCGGGUGGCAUUUUACUACAGCCGGUCCAAAAGGGCCGCGAGUUCAAACUUGAAAACAACCCGCUGACUUUAAAGGCAAUUUUCCGCCCAUACUCGGUGCUCUUAAGCACCAUGAUCGAAAACCACUUUUCACUUCCGACUUUGCGUCACAUACUGGUAGGACAUCCCAUGACGAUAAAACGGCAUAAAAUGUACCGAAUUUUAUAUUCGACCCUGCCAGAAGUGCCCGCACAGACCCGUGAAAUCUGGGCAUCCUUGACAAGCAAAUACUAG